AUGCCGGAAAAGGUCCGUACCGUGUUCGCCGACUCAGAUGAUGAGAAGGUCAUAGAGCCCAAGCUCUCGCUCCAAACAACGGAAGAACCCGGCCGUAAAAAGAAGAGAACCAAGAAGCGCAAGCGCGACGAGGAUGCCUCGAAACCCGCCGAUCAGGAUGAACCCAGGGAAGGGCCUGUGAUUGUCGAACGGGCAGAAAUACCCGUGUCUGUGCCAAAAGUUCAGGAGACAAAACCUCAAAGUAAAACGGCCCCGGUGUCGAAAACAUACCCAAAAUCGAAGCCGAGACCUUUCACCGAUACCAAAACCAACUUCACACCUUUGCGAGAAAAGGCCAAAGCGCUCCUCGAGACGCGGCGUAAGCUGCCAGUAUUUGAAAAUGCCGAUUUGAUCCGAAGCCUAUUACGAGAACAAGAUGUUAUGCUUUUGGUCGGUGAAACGGGUAGCGGAAAGAGUACACAAAUUCCGCAGUUUCUGGUGGACGAAUUCUGGUGUCGCCCCGUACCUGCCCAAGUCACACGGGACGGGAAGACAGAGAAGAAAAUGGUUGGAGGAUGCAUUGCUAUCACACAGCCGCGACGAGUCGCUGCCAUUUCGUUGGCCCGUCGUGUAGCCGAAGAGAUGGGCACGCCGCUUGGAGCCCACUCGCCUGCUAGCAAGGUUGGCUACGCCGUGCGAUUCGAUACUUCCGUGUCGCCCAGCACGCGGGUGAAGUUUUUGACCGAGGGAAUGCUGCUCCAAGAGAUGUUGCAUGAUCCAAAUUUGACCAAGUACAGCGCCAUUGUUGUUGAUGAGGUGCACGAACGAGGCAUCAAUGUUGAUCUGACGCUCGGAUUCCUGCGCAAUCUUGUUUCUGGAAACAAGGAAGGCCGUGGUGGUGUUCCGCUGAAGGUGGUUGUCAUGAGUGCCACAGCGGAUAUGGAGAGCCUAACGGGCUUCUUCCAGGAAGGAUACAAACUUGCAGAGCCAGCACAGAAAGCUAUAGAAGAUUUACCUGAGGCUGAUCCGGUCGAUAAUCCCAAGCCAAAGGAUAUCUCUGUCUGUCACAUCAAGGGCCGACAAUUCCCGGUUAAAACAAUCUAUGCACCUGCGCCAGUACACGACUUUGUGGACGCCGCGCUCAAAGUUAUCUUCCAGAUUCACCAGAAGGAGCCAAUGCCAGGUGACAUUCUUGUCUUCUUGACUGGUCAAGAAACCGUCGAAGCUUUGGAACACCUUGUGAACGAGUAUGCCAUGGGCAUGGACCCAGCACUUCCUAAAAUCCUUGUUCUGCCUCUGUUUGCCGCGCUGCCACAAGCUGCCCAGCAGCGCGUCUUUGCCCCUGCUCCUCCACGGACGCGCAAGAUCGUGUUGUCCACUAACAUUGCUGAAACCUCCGUCACCGUGUCUGGGGUUCGGCACGUAGUUGAUUGCGGCAAGGCAAAGGUCAAACAGUUCCGUACUCGUCUUGGUCUUGACUCGCUCUUGGUGAAGCCUAUAUCCAAGUCAGCUGCAAUCCAGCGGAAAGGUCGUGCUGGUCGUGAAGCUCCUGGUCAAUGCUUCCGCUUGUACACGGAGAAAGACUAUCUGGCUUUGGAUGAAACAAACACGCCCGAGAUUCUGCGCUGUGAUUUAAGUCAAGCACUGUUGAACAUGAAGGCGCGUGGCGUUGAUGAUAUUGUUCGGUUCCCCUUCCUGACCCGGCCCCCGCGCGAGGCAUUGGAGAAAGCUCUUCUACAGCUUCUUAAUAUUAAUGCUUUAGAGGAUGAUGGAAAGAUCAGCAAUGUUGGUCUACACAUCGCCAAGCUUCCCUUGACUCCAACUCUAGGACGAGUGCUGCUGGCAGCUGCCGAGAACGGUCCUGAAUGUUUGCUGGAUGUCAUUGAUAUCAUCUCAUGUCUCAGUGUGGAGAAUAUCUUCUUGAACACCACAUCGGAAGAGAAGAAGGAAGCAGCAGAGGCAGCACGUCGGGAUCUAUACCGACGUGAGGGCGAUCACCUCACAAUGCUGACAACUGUCCGUGUCUACGCCGCCGAACAUGCCGAUCGCAAGGCAUGGGCGGAGCGACAUCUCGUAUCGCACCGAGCGAUGCAAUCAGUCAUGGAUGUCCGCAAGCAACUUCGCACCCAAUGCCGCCAAGCCAAGCUGCUCACCAACGAAGCCUUGAACAACACCUCAUUACCCGAUCCAUCACCCAUUCUCAUCCUCCAGAGUUUCCUGGCAGGAUUCGCGACCAACACCGCUCGUCUCGUUCCCGAUGGCAGCUACCGUACAAUUGUUGGAAACCAAACCGUUGCUAUUCACCCUUCCAGUGUGCUUUACGGCAAGAAGCUGGAGGCUAUCAUGUACAACGAAUUCGUGUUUACCAACCGCAGUUACGCGCGUGGCGUGAGUGCUGUACAGAUGGACUGGGUGGGAGAGGCUCUCGCUGGAAAGGAUUGA